GGUUAACAGGAAAUAUCAGUAUCAGGAAGUUGAGUGUUUGGAGAUUUGUUGUGUCGCCAAAUGUGCUGCAGUAGUUUUUAUUAAAGUUUUACUCAUUGAAAGCUCGGAUACACACAGUAAACCUGCCGUUUAAACACAAAAAAGGCGUGAAAACGCGUGAACGCUGCGUGUGGAGUCUAAGGUGUAGGUGAGGAGGUCAUGAAUCGAGUACCCCUGCAGCAGCCGCAGAGCUGCGGGCCCUGGGAGCUGAAGGAGCGGCUCGGCACCGGGGGCUUUGGGAAUGUCACAAGAUGGCAAAACAAGGACACAGAGGAGCAGAUUGCUAUAAAGCAAUGCCGCCAAGAGCUGAGUGAGAGAAACAAGGAGAGAUGGUGUCUGGAGAUCCAGAUCAUGAAAAGGUUGGAUCAUGUCAAUGUGGUUGCUGCCCGAGAGGUUCCUCAAGGAAUGCAGAAACUGGUGGCCACCAAUGAUCUGCCAUUGCUGGCCAUGGAGUACUGUCAGGGUGGAGAUCUGAGAAAGUAUCUGAACAUUUUGGAAAACUGCUGUGGAAUGAGGGAGGGGUCCAUUUUGAUUCUGUUACGGGAUAUUUCUUCAGCUUUAACCUACCUCCAUAAGAAGAGGAUCAUUCACAGGGAUCUGAAACCAGAAAACAUUGUGCUGCAGCAGGGAGAGAAGAGAUUGAUCCACAAGAUUAUAGAUCUUGGCUAUGCUAAAGAGUUGGAUCAGAGCAGUCUUUGCACAUCAUUUGUGGGAACCCUGCAGUACUUAGCUCCAGAGCUCAUAGAAAGGCAGAGGUACACGGUCACUGUGGACUACUGGAGCUUUGGGACUUUGGUGUUUGAGUGUAUCGCAGGAUUUCGGCCUUUCCUGCCAACGUGGCAACCUGUUCCCUGGCACAACAAACUCAGGCAGAAGCAGGACAAUAUUAUUAUCGUCUACGAGGACCUCACUGGGGAUGUCCGCUUUUCCGAACACAUCCCUCAGCCCAACAACCUGAACAGUCUGUUAUUAAAGAAGAUGGAGAGGUGGCUGAAGCUGAUGUUAAAGUGGUCUCCUCAGGAGAGAGGCAAAGACCCCAGUGCUACCCCCAGCGACUGCUUCUCCCAGCUGGAGCUCUUAUUGCAAAUCAAGCUGGUUCAUGUCUUGAACAUGUCGUCUGCAAAGAUCCUCACUUACUCAGUAUCCGACGAUGAGACGGUGGCCAACCUGCAGCUAAGAAUAGAAAAGGAUAGCAACAUCCCUGCAGCCAAUCAGGAGCUGCUGCUUGAGGCGGGGUUGGCCUUGGAGCCUCAUGCGUUGGCCACACAGUGCGCCGUAGAUUACACUGAGAUAGAUGGAAGAAGAACAGACUUUCCUCUGGUUUUCCUCUUUGAUCGUUCCUCUUGUGUUUAUGAACCUCAGUUUGCUCCUCGAACUCUCCCUGAAAAUAUCCGCUUUGUCCAAACCGACCCUAACUACGUUCUGGCUUACAGCCCUCUGAGGAGGACUUGUGGCCAAGCUUGGCACACCAUCCGCUCUCUCAAGGAAGAUUGGCAAAGACUGCAGCAGGGGCAGAAAGCUGCCAUCAUGAGUCUGCUGAGACACAACUCUUCACUGUCCAAACAGAAGAAUGAGAUGGUGUCCAUGUACCAGAGACUCAUUGCCAAACUGGAUUUUUUUACCACCAGCCUUCACAUAGACAUGGAUAAAUACCAGGAGCAGACAGCCACAGGGAUUGCAUCAGACAAACUGCUGGGUGUGUGGAGAGAGAUGGAGCAAACUGCUGUCAGCUGUGGUCAGGUUAAGGUGAGUGAGUUGGAGGAGGAGAUGAUGCAGCUGCAGCCAGACAUAGUGGAUGUGCAGCGGCAGCCAUGGAGGAGUGGAGAGGCCUUGGAUACACUUGAAGGAAAAGCCAUGGAGCUGUUCCGAAAACUCAGAGAGAAGCCCAGAGACCAGAGGUGUGCAGGAGACAGUCAGGAGGUGGUGCGUCUGGUGGUUCAGGCUGUGCAGUUCUAUGAGAAGAAGCUCAGAGAUUUCUACACACACCUCAGUAAGACUGCACUGUGCCGCCAGCGUGUGAUGGAAUUACUGCCGAAGGUGGAGGGCGUGGUCCAGAAAAUGGCGGAAAGCGAACAAGUGCUGAUGAGUCUGCAGGAGAGACGACAGAGGGAGCUGUGGAACCUGCUCAAAGUCGCCUGUAGUAAAGUUCGCAGUCCAGUGAGUGGGAGUCCUGAUGGAUUACGUACCCCGUCGUCAGUACUGACUCCCAGACACAGCUUACAACAACUUGAUGAGUCUCUUGUGGAGGAGAACAGGACAUUUGAGAGCCGCCUUCAGAGUUUGCUGCAUGACACCAUCCAGGAAUCUGAGAGCAGUAUGGAGAUGCUGAGGGAGUGGACGUGGCUGCGUGGAGGCCAGGAUUUCUCCAGUGACCUCUCAUAAACUGAGUUUCUUUGUGGAUAUGUAGUACUCUGCUGCCUCUGUGUGGAUGGGCUGUCAAAUUACAUGUGGGAUGUAUGACGACAGUCUGAAGUGGACAUGUAGCAGUUUAAAAAAAAAAAACAGUGAGAUUGCUAACACCUUAUUGGCUUUGUGAAAAAGAAUAAUUAAAUCUAUGUUCAGGAUUAAUGUCAGAGAGAUUAAUUGGAGUGGGAUCUUCCAUCUUAAACAGAACAUUCUGGCUGUAAUUCCAGGAAAGAUUAAAAUCUUAAUCUCAUAUUACAUAUUCAUACAUUCCUAUAGGCUUACGGUUUAUGAAGCACCUUGCACAGUUCUGACCUUAUAUCUGCAUACAACAUAAUUAUUGUAAAUAAUCUUUUGCUGGAUUUGUAAGAAGAUCUCUUUCUUAGUUUCAGAACUAAUUUUGUUUCAUCGUGAUUGUUGGUCUUUGGAAAACACAGAUGUUAUUCUUAACAAAUGUGUGCCUUGAACUGCGUGUUCAUAUCUGGAACACUACUUUUUAUAUCAGGUUUUAUUUGGUUUAAGGAUGUGAUUUAGAAUUGUAAAGAGGUCUGUUUUAACCGUUUGCUCAGUAACUGUAUGAAUGUGUUUUUAUACCCACUUGCAUGGGAAUGCAUGGGAAGAUGAGGAAUAUCUUCAAUAAGAGGAACACGUGUCAAAUAAAGCACAGUCCAGUAUGCCAAGAAUAACUGCAAGUGUUUUGUUUAUACUGUUGAAUUGUUUUGACAUGCUGGGUAUAUUGCAGUAUGGCAAUAUUUUAUAUAUUUUUUUAAUCAUUACCUUGAAAAAAUGAAAAAUAAGUCAAAUGUGUGAAUUUUACCAAAACUGUGAAUUACCACAAAACCAACAUAUUACUCUGGUCUGGUACUUUGGCCUCACCACAAUUGUUUUCACAUUUUUCUUCCCGUUUCCAUCGUAAGCCUAACAAUUAAAGGUAGUACUGUAAAGAUCACACAAGGUGAUGCUUAUUAUAAAGUAUCUCAGAAUUCUUUUGUGUACAGACUUUAUGCUGUUAAGAUUGUAAAAAUGUCAAACAAAAUUAAAUCUUGACUCUGGUAAGCAGU